AAUGGUACCUCUGUUUUAUCUGCAGCUUCUGCCGUUGCAGCCUUCAGGGGUUCCUCCUCCACAUCUACAGAAUGCUUGAGCUAAAUAAGGAGGAGAAAGAGGAGGACUCUGGAUGACCUGUUCAGUAAGAUCCUGCAACCAGUGCUUCAUCACUGUGAACAAAGGGCCUGGAGGGUGAACAUGACAGAGAGUCUGGAGGCGGAAAGAUCAGUCUCAGCAGGAAGAGGAGAGGAAGAUGCACCAGGACAUAAUGGGGCUUCUUUGGCAGCAAACACAGAUGCUAUGGGCUGUUGUGGACGUACAGGUUCAACUAUCAGAGGCUCGCCUCCAUUUGCAACCCAUGGAGAACUCCACUACAGCACCUCCCUACAUCCCCCUCUCAAUAUUCCACGUGGCAUCAGGGGCGGCAUCCCUACCACUCCACCCCCUGGCAGGACAUUAAGGACAACCACAGCUUCAUAUAUACAGACCUAUGAAAGCCACGGUUGCUGUAUGUGCAGCCAUCGAAACUCAGAGCACCAGUUCUGAAGAACUUGUCCCAAGUCCACCUUCCCCACUUCCUCCCCCUCGUGUUUACAAGCCCUGUUUUGUCUGUCAGGACAAGUCAUCUGGAUAUCAUUAUGGCGUCAGUGCCUGUGAGGGAUGUAAGGGUUUUUUCCGCAGAAGUAUUCAGAAGAACAUGGUUUACACAUGUCACAGAGAUAAAAACUGCGUUAUUAAUAAAGUCACUAGAAAUCGCUGCCAGUACUGCAGACUACAGAAGUGCUUUGAAGUGGGAAUGUCCAAAGAAUCUGUCAGAAAUGACAGGAACAAAAAGAAGAAAGAGCCUUCAAAGCAAGAGUUUACUGAAAACUAUGAAAUGACAGCAGAGUUGGAUGAUCUCACUGAGAAAAUUCGAAAAGCUCACCAGGAAACCUUCCCCUCUCUCUGCCAGCUGGGGAAAUACACUACGAACUCUAGCGCAGACCAACGGGUUCGACUGGACCUUGGGCUUUGGGACAAAUUCAGUGAACUUGCUACAAAGUGCAUUAUUAAAAUAGUGGAAUUUGCAAAACGAUUGCCUGGCUUUACAAGUUUGACCAUUGCAGACCAGAUCACCCUGCUUAAAGCAGCCUGCCUCGACAUCUUGAUCCUUAGAAUUUGCACAAGAUACACACCAGAGCAAGACACUAUGACAUUUUCAGAUGGCCUUACCCUAAACCGAACUCAGAUGCACAAUGCUGGAUUUGGUCCGCUAACUGACCUUGUGUUCACAUUUGCCAACCAACUCCUGCCUUUGGAAAUGGAUGACACAGAAACAGGCCUACUUAGUGCCAUCUGCUUAAUUUGUGGAGACCGCCAGGACCUUGAAGAACCAGCAAAAGUGGAUAAGCUACAGGAGCCAUUGCUGGAAGCACUGAAAAUUUAUAUCAGAAAAAGACGACCCAACAAGCCUCACAUGUUUCCAAAGAUCUUAAUGAAAAUCACAGAUCUUCGCAGUAUCAGUGCAAAAGGUGCAGAACGUGUCAUUACAUUGAAAAUGGAAAUCCCUGGAUCAAUGCCACCUCUUAUUCAGGAAAUGUUGGAGAACUCUGAGGGACAUGAACCACUGACACCAAGCUCCAGUGGAAAUACAGCAGAGCACAGUCCUAGCAUCUCACCCAGCUCAGUGGAUAAUAGCAGUGUCAGUCAAUCUCCACUUUUGCAAUAAGACAUUUUACAGCUACUUUAGACAUUCCUAAUACCUUAUGUACAGGGAUGAAAAAAGCAAGAAAAACAUUUUUACUGCUGCUUAGUUUCUGGACUUAAUAUAUAUAUAUAUAUUAUAUUAAAACUCAAAAAGGACCAAGACGUUUUCAUAUGUAUCAGUAUAUUACUCCUUGCUGUUUAAAUUCUU